ACUGAAGUUAGCAGCAAGAUUGAAAGUGUCGAAGUGUUGGUAAAUUGCUCCUCCCCCGUAACGUAAAAUAGGGGUAGAAAUUCGUGGCUGAUGUUUAGUUUUGUACGUUUUACAUAUGUAUACAGAUCUAUGUGACCGUAGAACCGCUCAAUUGUUGUGAUAGAUUUCUUCAUGUUAUUUUUUAUAUUUGAAUGUGUCUGAUUUGAAGUGAUGUCUUCAUUUACCUUCGGUCAAAAGUCUUUUACACCAACGGCGCCCGAGAAGGGCAGUUUCCCUUUGGAUCACGAGGGCCAGUGUAAACGGGUAAUGAUAAGCUACAUGAAGUGCUUAAGAGAAAAUAAGGGUAUCAAUACAAUGUGCAGAGACGUCGCUAAAGAGUAUCUCACCUGCCGUAUGGAUAACGACCUUAUGGCUAAAGAAGAAUGGUCAAAAUUGGGAUUCGGAGAUGAUAAUCUGAAAGAAACAUAACCU